AUUUCUGUCAGCGAUUUGGGGCCUUUAUUUUUUUUUUCGCUUGUGCUCAUUUUCAGUGUCUUGUGACCAUUCCUGCUCCAUAUUCGAACCAUGCAAAAAAUAGCCGCUGUCAUAGGCACCACGGGUGUAGGAAAAUCGCAACUGGGAGUGGAACUGUGUAAAGCAUUAAGAGGUCAAGUCAUCAAUGCCGAUUCAAUGCAGGUAUACAAAGGCCUGGACAUUAUCUCCAACAAAAUGCCCGCCAUUGAAAGACAAGGGGUUCCGCAUCAUUUGAUGGAUUUUCUGGAUCCCGAGAAAGAAUAUAAUGUCACUGAUUUUGAACGUGAUGCGGCAUUAUGCAUAGACAAAUUAACAUCCGAACAGCAGCUUCCUGUGGUGGUGGGUGGUACCAAUUAUUACAUUCAAUCAUUGAUCUGGCAAAAUACGUUGAGCAAAAGCGAAUCACCAAGACGCAGUCCUUCGCCUGAACGAUAUUCUGAAUUCGACAACGUCCUGACCAGUGAACUAUACGCCCAGCUUUGUAAAGUCGAUCCUGUUAUGGCCAACAAGUGGAAUCCUUCCGAUCGUCGAAAAAUUAUUCGAAGCUUGAAAAUAUUUCAUGACACUGGAAAGCCUCAAGGCGAAAUUAUCAAGGAACAACAGGAACAAUUGAAAAGGCACGGCUUACCAGCAAAAUACAAAUCGUUAAUUUUCUGGCUGUAUGCCGAUCCUGUCAAAUUGAAUCCUCGAUUGGAUGAACGAGUGGAUAAAAUGAUCGAGACCGGGUUGUUUGAUGAGAUCCAAGAACUGCGGAAACGUGUCGUCGACGGUUCGGUCAGAUUGCCGGGACAAGAUUUGGAAAAAUAUCAACGAGGCUUAUGGCAGGCCAUAGGCUACAAGGAAUUUGACUCGUACUUUACGGCCCUGGAGGCAAACAACAGCACAUCUUCAGAUUUGGAUAAAAUUCGGCAAGAAUGUACAGAGCGUAUGAAAGCGGCGACGCGGCGUUAUGCGAAGAGACAAGUGCAGUGGAUCCGGAACAAGCUAUUACCCACGGUGCGAAAUUCCAACGGAGACGUCCAAGUAUAUUUAUUGGAUGCCACCAAUUUGGAUGUGUGGGAUAGCAGUGUACGCGACAAGGCAAUUGAGAUAGCUACAGCUUUCCAGUCCAAUGAUACCAUGCCCGCUCCUGUGGAGCUUAGUGAGGUGGCUGCGUCGAUGUUAUCGGUCCCACCAGAUGCACAAGAUACCCAUUCGCGCGUGCUGAACUGGAAGAAAUACACGUGUCCUAUUUGUAGAACCGAGAAGGGCGAAGAAGCCGUGCUUAAUGGUGAAAUGGAGUGGCAGCAACACCUGAAAAGCCGAUGGCAUCGUAAAUCCACCAAACAUCAAAAAUUAGUCAAGGAGCGCUUACGGCCGUUGCAAGAAGGCUCAACACCAUCCGCGUCAUAAAUAGAUGCAAUUUUGGCCGUCUCAUUUGUUUGUAACUCUAUCUCAAGAUGGCAGUCGGAAUCACAAAUUCGUGUCCUGUAAUUUUGAGAUUUCCGGUAAUUUUUGGAGUUUGUUUGGUUUUUGUCAAAAACUUCCAUUAUCAAGUUCUUACAGAAGGCAAUUUACCUGCGGAAAUACCUCGUGUAGAAAUCCGCAGCAUCCAAUUCCUUCUUCAAGUGUAACCAGCAAAAUUGUAAACAUGUAUAGAUAAAUUUUCAUUUAUUGAUAUAAGGGAAGCUACUGAACAACUUUGACUGUCUGCGGUUAAGGCACCUGAGCGUACUUCACUACCGAACACCCGGCUACCGUAUGAUAUUCUCAACAUCGGUGAACUCGGACCUUUGAAAGCACUAGCCUCAUAGAAGUAACUUUGAUAACCAUCUUCAGGUAGUACUGUAGUGCAAGAUCCGGUCAAAACUUUG